CCAUCAUCACCACUCAACAUUAUCUGGUUGUUACAAUCAAAACAAACUUCUAAUUCUUCCAAAAGCCACAUCUUCCCAUCCCCUUCACCCUCUUCCAUGUUCCAGCUUUCCGGCAAAUACUCGUUGCCGGAAAAUCAGAUCGCGGAAGAGGUGUCCUAUUACAAAUUGUGAGGCAGGUCAUGGAUGACAAUGAUGAAUGCAAUGAUGAAAAUGGAAACAACAAUAAUAAUUACAUCCCUUUAGAUUUAAUUGAAAAUCUAAAAAACCUCACCAAUAAGCAGCAAGAUGAUCAUGAUGAUGAUCAUGAUUGUGAUCAAGAAUUGGUUAGUGAUAAUGAAGGGAUUGGGUUUGGAACACAAAAUCCUAUUGAGAUUAAGCUCAAGAUAAAGAAAUCAUUGCUGGAGUUUCGUUGCAAACUCGAGGACGCGAUUCUUGGAAACUAUUUGUUAAGUGAAGAUGAAAAAGGAGAGAAAUUUGCAAUGUCAACGGAAAAUCUUAGAGAAAUUACUUUAUGGGGCGUUCCUUUGUUACCAAGCAAAGCACAUGAAGGUACUGAUAUUAUUUUGAGGAAAUUCUUAAAGGCUAAAGAUUACAAAGUCAAUGAUGCAUUUGAAAUGUUACAAAAGACUAUGGUUUGGAGAAUUAAAAAUAAUAUUGAUAAGAUUCUUGAUGAAGAUUUGGGUUCUGAUUUUGAUAAUGUCGGAUUUUUGAAUAGUCGAGACAAAGAAGGUCGUCCGGUUUGUUACCAUGUUUACGAGGUUUUUAAAGAUAAAGUUUUGUAUAAGAAAACAUUCGGAAAUCAACAGAAAUGUGACUUGUUUUUUAGAUGGAGGAUUCAGUUGAUGGAAACUGCUGUUAAAAGGUUGUGUUUUAGAGGUGGGGCUGAUGGAAUUAUUCAGGUUUAUGAUUUGAAGAAUGCACCUAUUCAAGGAAUGAAAGAGCUUAACUCAAUCAACAAAAAGACUCUAAUGUUGUUUCAAUCCUAUUACCCCGAGAUCAUCUACAAAAAUAUUGUAGUAAAUGCACCAUUUUGGUUCUACACAUCACAAGUGCUAUUCUCAAGGUUUAUGAGCCAGAGAAAUAAAAGUAAGUUCAUCUUUGCAAGACCACAAAGGGUCACACCAAUUCUCCUCAAGUUCAUAGCUCCAGAACAUCUUCCAGCUGAAUAUGGUGGUCUAAGGAGGAAUAAUGACCAAGAUUUUACUCCUGAUGAUAAGGUUUUAGAGCAUAAAGUCAGAGCAAAUUCUGUUUCUAGAAUUGAACUUCCAGUCCAUGAGACUGGAGUGACAAUAAUGUGGGACAUAACUGUUGUUGGAUGGGAUGUGUCUUACAAAGAAGAGUUCAUUCCAGAUGAUGAAGGCUCAUACACAGUAUUACUACAAAACCAAAAUACUGUUGGUGAGAGUACCAGAAACUCUUUUUACAUCAAUGAACCAGGGAGAAUAUUAUUAACAAUUGAAAAUGGGAAUUUCAAGAGGAAGAAAAUGUACUAUAGAUCAAAAACUAGAGUCACUGUUCCCAUGUUCAUUUUGCUAUCAUAACAAAUGGUUUUUUUUGUUCCACUUGAUUUGAUGAGAUUGUACAUUCUUUUGCACUCAGUAGGCCAGAAACUACCACCUUGAAACUGCUAAAGAUUCAUGAGGUAGUUCAUGAUGGCUACAAUUGAUAUAUUCACGUGUUUUAAAUGUUUUUUGUUUUUAAACAUGUGAACCUCAAAGCUAUGAAUAUUGAAUGGAAAUUUUUUUGUUAUA